GUGUGGAUUAUCCGAUGCAAAGCUGCUCGCCGUGGCUCCGCUUCGGGCUUCCCGAGCGUGCUUGUUUUUGUAGAAAAUGGCGUCAUCGCCCUCUUGUUUCUGCCCGGCCGCGGCAAAGCACACUUCCAGGGGGCUCCGGGCAGCCCUCACACGCCGCGUUUACCCCCGCGGAGAACCCACACGCCACCGACGGCGUGUUUAAAACCGAAAUGAGCGCUCGCAUCGGCUGCUAGCUGAGGCUUUCGUGUGGUGGAAGGACGCGCAAAGAUGGAAGGGUCACCGGUCCUGUGCGCCAAGCUGCCGCCUCUUGGAAAAAGCUGCGGGCUUUGGCGCACACUAGCCCAGCCCUUGUGGUGCUCGACGAGCCCGCACGGCCUGGUGGUGCCUUCACGUCGCUACCGCUGUGAGACUGGCUUGUUUAUGCGCGUUUCUACCCGCUGCGAGCUCGUCUUUACGCCGCACUUCCCUGCCAUGCUGCAGUCGCUACGAGGGGGGCCUCCACUCUGGCGUGAAAGGCGCAUUUUAACGUCGAUUCGAGCACGCUAACACGUUAUUGUGCCUCUUUAAUGCGCUAUAUAACCGCGCAAAGGGAGAUUUUCCAUACGAGGGGGGUGAUGCUAAUCGUGCCGUGCGCGCUGCCUCGCUGCUUCUUUACGCAAAAACACGAGUGGGGGGACGGUUUGCACAAAAGUGGGGAAGUCCGGCCGCUGCGCAACCACGGUGGCGCUGCUUUUUGCGCAGCUGCCCUAACCGCCGCCAAGCACCGACCAACCUUUUGUAAAUACUUGGGACUCUUGGGUACAAAAAAGGGAGCACAAUAGUCACCGCGCCGGCCCCCUUUAUGGCCUGUCAAUGCGCUCCUAAGUCCCACUUGGGCUGCCCCCCACCCCCUGGCGGAUCAGUGCAUGCGUCCUAGCUGCCACCCAAACGUAAUAAUAUCCCAAGUAAGUUUAAGAAGAGUUGCUAUUUAUUAUACUGCAAUCCUCAUCCCUGCUUAUCCGGCCUGCCAUUACACGUCACCCGGCUACACGCAAAGACCACGACACGGGAUGUGUCAUUUGCAAAUCACCCGCUGGUGUUUGCGUCACGGCCUCCAUGUCCACAGCAGGUUUUUACAGGUGAGCGUGUUGGCAGUGAAGGUGGCGUGUUGGCACCAUGGUGAAGGCCCAGAAGUCAUCUGGGAGGAAGAGUGCUCACUCUGUUCGCCAAGAGCCUGCGGAGGAAGAAGGUCCGCGCCGUUUAAGCAACCAGCACUCCUCCGACCGCCUCGGCGCUUCCGCUCCAUCCGAGACGCCGCCUAAAAACCCGAAAGACACUCCAAUGGAUGUCCACGCAUCCAAAGGUGACACCACAGCUCAGUCCAAACCCUUGUGGAGGCCCAUCCCUCCUCUGCUGCCGGAGCCCGAUAAGGGCGGCGCCCCUGACACCCGGGAGCAGAGCUGCCAGACUGAGGAUUUGCCGCAUCAGAGCACGGCGCCCAACCACAGCACAGGUCAUUGCGUGGAACCCGGGGACGCUCCUCUCCUGCAGCAGCCCCUGCACACGUCCAAGUCUGGAAUCCACCAGAUCAUUGAAUGCUUUCGUUCAGGCACCAGCCAGCUGAGGCACAUGCUGCUGAGGGAGGUGGACACCAUCUUUGAGUGUAAAGUGUGUCGCAGUCUCUUCCGAGGCCUGCCUAACCUCAUCACGCACAAAGAGUACUACUGCUUGACACGGCUGCCCGAGUUUGACGGAGAUGACCGACAGAGUGUGGCGCUUAAGGAUUUGACAGACAUCAUCUAUCACCGAGGCGACCGACCGGAUUACGUGGUCCGACUGGAGCCCAUCCAGACCACCAGCAAGGCUGUGUACCAGUACGUCACCACAGAGGAGGAGCUGGCUCGCUAUCCAUCACGAGCACCCAGUGCCAGAGAGAGUCCGGUCGCGUGGGAGCAAGAGUCGAUGGAGAUGGAGGCCGGCCAGCCUGGUGGUCCAGAGAGCCCAGGACAGAACCACCACAGCCAGGGAAAGAAAAAGCGGGAUGCAGAAGAGGAGGCGGCCAAACAGGAACCACCACAGGCUGAGGACGAGGAAUCCACGAGUGGGGUGGAGGAUGUGACAAUAUCCUGCUGUCUGUGCGGUCAGGACUUCAACUCGCGCCGCAGCAUCAGGCGUCACUGCCGCAAAAUGCACCAAACUAAACUGGAGGAGCUCCGGAAGUUCACGGAGACGCGGACCGUACCGACCAGCCUGCUGUCCAUGGUGAAAGGUCGGCCACGGGCUCGACCUCGGAGCACGACAGCUGGAAAGUCCUGCCACGUGUGCCACAAAGUCUUUGCCACCAAAACCAACGUGCGGCGACACUACGACGAGGUGCACCGCGGCCUGCGGCGGGACACCGUCACCGCCGCCACUCGGCCCGGCCAGCCGCUCUCUCUGGAGGCCACCCCUCCCAGGAAGAGCAACAGUGCGUCUCCACCGCGCGGCAGCAGCACCAAGUCAACUCCCGGUGGGCAGAAUCGCACAAAACCUCCGAGUCAACCACCACCCUCGAUACAGGCCAAUCAGGCGCCGAGUCGCUGCACGCUGUGUAAGAGGAACUACAGCUCCCAGCUCAUGUUGAAGAGACACAUGCGCAUCGUGCACAAGAUCUACAGCGUCAAAAGUAACCGAUCAGCGAAUGCAUCGUCAUCUUCCUCCUCCCCCGCCCCCGCAGCAGUCAGUGCAAACAACAGCAGCAUGCAGGCUAGCAACAGCCUCCAAGUCAAACAGGAAGUGGUCGAUGCAUCAGAAGACGAGGAGGACAUGGACAGUAGUCCGGCGGCAUCUCCCGCCCAAAGCACCGCGUCGAGCAAAUGUGCCGCGGUGGCCCCCGCAGCCCUGAAGGUGAAGGAAGAGGAAACGCCGUGGGCCACGAAGCCCCCGGCAAGCAGCGUUUCCGCCCCGAGCGCCGUCCCGAAAACCAAACUCUCCGUGGGUUUCGACUUCAAGCAGCUCUUCUGCAAGCUCUGCAAACGCCAGUUCAGCUCCCGCCAGAACCUCUCCAAGCACAUCGAGCUGCACAUGGACGGAAACGACAUCUUCAUCAAGUUCUACCGCUGCCCGCUCUGCCGCUACGAGUCACGCCGCAAGCGGGACGUCCUGCGCCACGUCACCGUGGUGCACAAGAAGUCCACCUCCUACCUGGCCAAGAUCAUGCCCAAGCUGGAGAGCCGAGCGGUGAAGAGGCUCGCCGAGGCCGUCCUCAACAACGCCAACCCCAAGAGAGUGGCCGCCGCCGUCGCCAAGGAGGAAGUGAACGGACGCCACACCUCCGUUUCCUCCCCGUGUUUGUCGCCUCCCGUCACCCGUAAGCAAGACUCCUCUGCGAACGCCGCGUCCUCUUCCACGGCUCCGCCUCCCGCCCCCGUCGUCUCUCGGAAACAGCAGGAAAUGUCAUCGCCAGCCCCCGCUCCGUCGCCGCCUGUCACGCGCAAGCAAGACAAGCAGCAGCCUCGGCCCAUCAGCCCCCCGAUGACCCGCCGCAGCGACAAGCACUCUCACCAGCGCAACUCCGCCCCCGUCUUAACGCCGCAAACGCGUCGCCACGACACCGACACCAGCGCCUCCGCUUCAUCUUCCACUGAAGUCAAGGUGACCAAGAACUUCUCCUUGCAUGCCUGCGACCAGUGCGGCCGUGCCUUCGCAAAGAAGGUGUACCUGGAGUCUCACAAGCGCAGCCACCGCAACGCAGAGUCGGCGGCCGCCAGCCGUCGGAAAGGAGUCAGCACACGCUCCAAAUCGCUGGUGUGAAGAACCAACAAACCGGUCCACUGGGUGGGGGACAAUGGACGCCAAAACAUUGGAAGGAGUUAGUGGGCAAACAUCCAAGGAAGCAAGACCACUAUACAGUUUUUUGUUGUUUGCAUACGAGCCAAAUAUUGCAUCAAUUUGUCUUGGAAUAAGGCCAGCCAUGACACAAUCUAGCCAGCAGAUGGCGCUUGCUCUCUACAAGGACUAUUGUGCAUCUUCUACUCACUUUAAUGGAUGAAUUCAUUACUUAUUUUAUUUCUUAACUAUAUAUGAUGGCGUGACCAAAGGCAAGGAAAAACCCCUUAAAAGAGUGUUUUGAUUUUUCUUACCACAGUACUUUUUGUGUUGAAAUGACUCCAUUUUGUCCACGCCCUCACCACGUUUAUAUAGCUGGACAUUUAGCCAACAUCAACUGGACUCUUACUGCGAUGUAUCUAUUUUUUUCCCCCGCGAGGACUCCACACAAUCUUAAAGCAGGUUUGCAUUCAAACAUACAUUUUUUUUUGCUUUGCAUCCUCAUUGCUUGGAUGGACACGGCAGCUUCCAUGAAGAGGAAGUGGGAUUAUCUUGGUUGGUGGUCGCUGAACAACACUGGACUACAGGAAGUAGUGACAUGUAAAUAAUGUGCAAAGAGAAAAAGCCAUUAAAUGGAACAAAGCUGGAAAGUUUAUUUUUAUAUCUUAACAAAAGACAUGUUAGUGCAACAAGGGAAGAUUAUAUAAGUUGUUCAUAUUAGUUCCAAUGUAAGCACCAUAGUUGAUGUGAUUUGCUUUCAAGGGAUGUUUUAUUUCAAAUGUGUGAGAAGAGAACAAAAAAAUGUCCAGGUACGCCAGGGAUUUUUCUUUACAUCAUUGUUGCAACCUUUUCGUAAGAAUGUGCACACUAAACACACUAAAUAAAAACAUCAAAUUUAAAAAGGGGCUUUUGUGUGACUUUUAAU